AUGUCUACCCACACGGAAGAGCCAUUACCACACCGCUCGAAGCGACGACGACUCGCAGACAGCGAAUAUGAGUCUGAACUUGCAAUACCAUCGAACCACGACGACCUUUCCAGUGACAGCGACGCGCAACCCUCAGAACCCUCCCGCAAAACCCACGAAGACGAGGGGAGCUCAAUACCUCCCGACGACGAAGACCUCUUUCUCUCCGAAGUACACAUCGACCCGUCCAACGGCCCUGCGCGCACACACGGGGAAAGCCUUCGCCUUACAAAGUUUCGAAUCAACGUGCCACGGGGCUAUCAUGGAGAUAUCCCUCCUUUUCUACAAACCGGUGAUCCGGCGUAUAUUUGCAUUGAACAUGAGAUGGCAACGCCACUGCGGGCAGUGGGGCUGCAGGUGUGGAUGGGGGCGUUGGUGCUAGCCGAUUAUGUGCUAUCUAGGUACAAACAUAUCAAACCCGUCGAGAGCGCCAAGAGGAAAGGCGGCGUAGGGAGUGACGCUGAAGCCGCUGAUGAUGAGAUACUCUUCACAUCGCAAACGACAGUGUUGGAACUGGGGUGCGGUGCCGGGCUUCUAGCGGCAUUAUGCGGAAAGCUGUGCAGGACCGUUUAUGCAACGGAUGUGUGUGAUGAUCUGGCCGCGGAAGACAGGGGUGAUGACGUCGGGGUGUUGAGGUUGUGUCAGAGGAAUAUGGUGAAGAAUCAUGUGGAUAGCGUGCUCAGAGUGCGACGACUGGAUCUCCGGGACGAGGAGUGUCCGAAGCUUGGCAGCAACGUCGAGGCGAUCACAUCGCAGGAGGUUCCGCAACAAUCCAAUGGUGGCAGCUUUGUCGACUUCAGGUGGCGUCCCUCGGAAAUAUCGGACUUCCAACAAAACUGCACCAUUAUCCUUGCCGCCGACCUCAUCUACGACGACGCCGUCACAUUCGCCUUUCUUCAGCGACUGCCCGCCCUCCUCCAUCCAUGCCCCACCGCCGAAAGCAAGCAUCCGAAAAGUAAACAACUACUCCUCGCCCUCGAGAAACGAGUAGUCUUCUCAUUGCGUGACCAAAACGUGGCUGCCCCUGCGCGAGACUAUUUGCUUGCGACGCUGGAUGCUAUGAACGCCGAUCGAGAAGAACGCGGGCUGUCGGAUGUGGUGAGAUAUGAGGAAAUCGACGUUGACGCGAUUCCCCAAUGGUUUGAAUAUCGGAGGAAUGAGUACUUGGAGAUGUGGCGGUUUUGGAUCGAGUGA